AUGAAGGCUGAUUCAAGUGACAAGUACCUCCAAUACCUCAAACACUCGUUUGAUACCUAUUCUCAUGGCCAGGGAAUGAAUUUCACUAGUUUAUCAGAUGCUUACAAGAAAGCAAACGUGUCUGCUACCCCGGAUGAUAUUGAGCGACAGAUCAAGCUUUCCAAUACAAAAGAACACAACCUGUUGGAUUUCAAUGAAUUUCUGGCAGUAAUGGACAGGGGAGAUCAUGAAGAAAGUGUAUUAAAGGUGUUUGGAAUCCUGGACAGAGAUAAUGACGGUGUGAUCAAUAGUGAGGAUCUUCAGCAAGGUCUUCUCUUGUUUGGGGAGUCAGCUACAGAUGAAGAGAUUGAUAUUAUGAUCAAGGCAGCAGAUGUGGAUGGAGAUGGUCUUCUCAACUUUGAAGAGUUUUUAAAGAUCCUUACACCUUCCAAAAUCAAUGGUCAAUAA